AAGCAGGUAUCGCGCUCCGCUCGCCCGCCGCUCUACCGGUUUAAACGACAACGAUCGAACGAACAAAACGAACUUUAUUGAAUUCUAAAUUUGAAAAUAAAACAAAUAAAUGUAUAAGCAAAUGUUGCUACAUUAAUAGUUAUAAUAAUAAAUAGUUUAACUUCGUGGUUUAACUUUGUGACUAAGUGUAAGUGCAUAGCGGUAUCGCAGAACCAGAUUUUGUGUCUUCGAUGUAUUGAAAGUUGCCUUUAUAUUUGUUUAUAUUAUACCUACCACCUAUUGUUGUGUGCUCUGACUACAUCUUAGUUAAACUUGAUUUUUUUCUAUGUCCCAGCGGAGUCUGCCGAAAACAAAAGAUCCUACUAAUGUUACGAUGCAGGCACCGCGCGACUCGAGUCGGCAGAAGCGCUGCAACAAACGACGUAACUCCCGCAAGAAGUCCUUAUCACCCUCCGAUCUAAAAUGCCGGGGCGAAUGGAAACAGGACAGCAAAGUGGGAAUCUCAGAGGGACCAAAAGUGAAACAUCGCAAAAGCAACAUUCGUAGAACUCUAACUCAUCCCUUCACGGGAUCAGAUGAGAUCAAAGAUGUGAAUGUGAUCGGUGUGUUCAAUCGUGAAGUGAAAGUGGACGUUCCUCCGGAAAGUGACGAUUCGAACUUGCCACCGACAAGUAGUGACAGGGACACGGAGGACGACAGUCGGGUCCGGCCCCGUUUGGCCCCGCUGUGGUCCAAAUGGGACUCCGGGAGCGAAAUGGACUCGCUGGUGACGACUGUCGUGAGGAGAGCUUCGGCGAAACGACGCAAGACGCCGGCAAACCCAGAGUGGGGCGUCAGUGAGGCAGGCGAAGCGAGCGAGCCGGAGAUCGGUCGCAUGCGUCCCGAGGACUACCGCUUCGUGUUCAUCAGCUCAGACUCCUCCUGCCGCGAAGACACGGAGGACUCCUCUUCGACGGCCUCGUCCGCCGCGCCCCCCGGCCCAGACGACUGCGACUGGGACUACUACGAGCCGGGCGCGGCGGCUCCACCACAAAGACACACCACACAAGUCUGCCCGAGAACUUGCUCCUGCGGCGCUGAACCACGCAUCGUUGCCGUACCGGUACCCGUACCCGUACCGGUCCCCGCUGCUCUCUGGCCCGCUCUACUCGCCUUCCCCACACAAACCCCGCCGACGCCACAUUGGAACACCUACCCCGGCUUCCCGCCACUCGAUGCCGCGGCCCUCGCUCGGCUCACCACGGCCGCUGCCGUCGCCGCCUCUGCCGCCGCCACUGCCUCCGCCACCGCUCUACCACAAGCGCAACUCGAUGUAACUCCCGAAAAAACCGACAAAGCGAUACAAUCUGAAUCGUCACAAGCGCCUGAUAACGAUAAGAACGAUAAUAUUAUUGAACAGCCAGUCGAGUGCGAAUCACCGGACAGAAUUAAAGUGAUCGCGGAAGAAGACUCUUUAUCAGUAUUAUCGGAACAGGUAGACGUGAUGCCGGACCACUUGGACGCGGAGAAAGCAUUCCCAUCUUCAAAUGAAUCUCGCGACUCAAGUGAUUCCGAGGCAGGGGUCGCUAGAAGAAGUUAUGACUUAAUUAGUGGCGCACCUGAAGAACCGGUGACAUCUGACGAAGAUUCUGACGAUUCUGGCGGGGGAGGAGGUCAAUUCUCACGAGUCUUUGUAGUUAAUCCUGCUGACUCAUCUUCGGACUUAGAAGACAAUGCUGACAGUAGUGGCAUUGAUUGUGAUGACUCCUUUGACAAAAAAUCUGAUAGCUUGGAAAUAAUUGCCGUCGAAGUUGCUAUGCAAAAUGAGAUCAAUAUCAGUGCAGAACCAAGCAAUGAUAGUGUAGAAAACAGUGAUAAUGGCAACGUAGUGCUUUUAGAUUCUUUAAAUUUUACGGAAGAAUAUCCGGUGAUAACAUACGAAAAUAAAGAAAGCAAUAGUGAUAAUGUAGAGAAAAAGUCUAAUAUUGUUAAAUUUUGUAAUGAAAAUAUGCUCCAGAGCGAAACCUGUGAAGAAUUUAAUAGUUUUCAUGCAAGUUGUAGCCCAAGUAGCGAUAAUUCGGAUUAUAAAAAUAACAUAGAUAAUGGCCUUAAUCGUCAACUAACUAUGUCGAGUAGCAACGACUACGAUUCAUUAGAUAAUAUUUUAAUGACAGAAAGUGAUACGAAAGUAAAAGUCUCCGUGGAAUUGCCUAAUAAAAAAUGCAACAAUAAAGAAAUGAUUCUAAAUGAAAUACCACGUGAGUCGUUGACGAAAUUAACACCUUCGCCCGAACCCGGUCAAGAUAGCCCAGGUUCAUCGACCGACAAGAUAGACUUAGUCAAAGGUAUCGAACGUACCCUUAGUGAACUAUUGAAGAAAGAAUUACUCGGGGACCAAGAGGAGGAGAAAAUGCACAGUGCGCGGCCGGUUUGCACUACGGAGGCGGGGGGCGCCUGCGCACCUGCCGCGACGACAGUUUGCCGCUCGCGCAGCGCUCGCACGGACGACUCAUCGCGCUUCACGAGUCGCGUUAUGAUAACGCACGACCGCGUAUCGGUCGUCACGUCGGAUACGACGCGGCUCAUGCGGGACAUAACAGUGCACCAUACGAACUCGCAAAACGAACCGAUAUCUGACACACAAGACGAAAAAGAACAAAGUUUGGCUUCGGACAACGAAGCGUCACAGCCUUCGGGCGGAGUGACUGUCGUUAGCAAUGCCGACACUCUCUCGGCGGUCGUGUGCCUCGAGGAGGGGCUCGCAGACGAUGAUUCGUGGGUCGAGGACGUCAGCCAUGACGAUGACGAGGCCACCACUGCUUCGGACACCGACUUGGAGGAUGAAGCGACGCUGUCCCCCGGGCCCUGCCCCCCGGACGGAGACGGACGCGGAGAGGAUUUAACCUACAGUAAUGGUCUUAUACGCUUUACAUUAGAGACGAUAGUCGAAGAAAGUUGCGAAGAAAGCGAAACGGAACAUUCGGAGAAUUCGUCACCUGUAACCAAAACAGAGUUACAAAGAUAUUUUUUAACCUCAUUUGGAGACGGUAAGAAUGUGCGUGAUGAUGAAGAGCCAGUGUCGGAAACAUCUAGUGUUUGUAGUGAAGGUGGUGAAUCUAUUGUUGAUAAUGAGCCACCGAAAAGAAAUAGCAGUGGUAACGAUGAACUCGCGUCCUCACGUCUGAAAAAUUAUUUCCUGACAGGAUUUAUGGGCUUUAACCAAGAAAGGCGCGAUUCUGAUGGAUCCGGAAGUGUUGGAAGUGAUAGCGAAGGUAGGCAGAGUCCUGAACAAAGAAGGAAAAGGUUAGUUCGAGCAAGAGGAACGCCCAGAUCGCAUUCGACGUCUUUAGAUAAUUUAAUAACCGGAGAAGAGCCAUCACAGGAAACGCAAGAGGUGUCGGAUGGUUCGAGCACAGAAACUGAAGACAGGCAUGACUCAUCGGAACGGCUUGAUGUUCAAGGAGAGUCAAAAAGAAAAAAACAGAGUAAAAAGACCCGGGGUUCUCCUGCUGACGAAAGGCGUCAAUCAGCUGAGUUUGCUGAAGAAACUCGUGAUGACACAAGGUCGGUUUCAGAAGGUGAAGAUGGCAGAUCUUCACCUCGACCAGAAUUCCCACCGCUUGGAUCUGAACUCUCCGAAUCGAAAAAACAAGCAAGUAGAGACAGUGGCUUUGUUGGUAGCUGUGACGAUUUAUUAAGAAACGGAGAUUCGAUGAGUUCAGAAUUUAGUAGAUCUCACGAACCUAAAAUAGAAUUAGAAGAAAUAAUAGAAGAGAUAAGACCUGAUAUAGAGGAACGCUUAGAGCGCCCACCGUCAUCCCGUCCCCCGCCAAGUCCCUUAACUCGUAAAGAUAGCUUUAACAAUUGGUCCUCAGAUGAGGAAACAAAUCUCAUGAUGAAUAAAAUGAGACAAUUUUUCAAGCAAAUGGUAAAUUCUGCGAAUGUAAAAACAUCUACACCUGCAUCAGAAUCACCAAAUUCAGAUAGUUCGCGACCGCCAAAACCACCACAAUUGAUUUAUUUUGAAAGCGAAUUAACUAGACUUAUGAAAACAGUUCCUGGUAUAAGUGACGAGGAAGUACGUGGGAUGGUUGAGUACUUAUCCAGCGAAGACACGUGGAGUGAUUCGUAUGAUUCUUCAGACUAUGCGGGCUCAGAUUUAGAAGGAACAGUAAACCGGUCUGCACUGAGAAAGCAAAUAUCAGACAGUUGUCGCGAAAUUAUUGACGAAUUCGACCGUGGUAAUAGCGAAGCGGGGUCAUUAGAGCGUGAUGCGGCUGGAGCAUAUCAAAGACUAGCUGCAACAUUAGGAAGAGCCGGUGAAGGAUCGCCGCCUUUAUUUGGAAAAGUCAUGCGUCAUAUAGGAGGACGUCUAGUGGCGUUAAUGCAUGAUGUCUCUGCUGGAGCAUCAUCUAGUACCAAUGAAGAUAGUGCGUCUGAGCCGGGGGCGUUGGCUAGAAGUCGUUCCCAUGAUAUAUUGGAGGCUGCGGCGAGUAGAGGGAGUGUGGCUAGUGAUUGUGAAAGAUUUUCGUGGCGCGGUAGUUUUGAGUCGGCAUUGUUAGCUACGGAUUCUCGGGGUACAUUAGGAGGUCCUGGAAGUGAAGCGAGAAGAUCGCCAGCGGGGGCAGAAUUAGCAGCCCAAAAAUCUCACUCCAGAAGUUGUGGAGCAAUAGGUGGCAGCGAAGAUCGAUUGUGGCGAGGUAGACGACGGGCUUCUGCACCAGAUGCUGAAUCAGAGGAAGAGCAACGCGCCGGUUCGCUUCCCCGGCUACCUUCUAUUACUGGUACGAACACUGCACCGGCCGGGCCCGUCAAGUCCGCCCGGUAUAGAGCCCCUGGGUUCAGAACGGCUACCAGAGCAGCAUCAGCUCCAGGACUUCAUGCCCCGAGGAGACGAAGACCGCCGCAAACACCGCAUUUACCACCACCAGCUGCGCCUGCGUCUGCGCCAAGUUUACAAGAUGAAACAUUUAGUUCGGAGAGUCUGUCCCCUGGCCAUGCGACACUGCCGCGGCGAUCAAACUCUCCCCUGCCGCAUGAGAAAGACAUGUUGGACCGAGAUCGCUUCUCGAUUAACAGGAGUAGGCUUCAGACGCGCUCAGAAUCAAUGGCGUCGGUGUACUCCGGAGCCGGCGAAGGUACCCGCGCCAACGUGACCGUCCGGGGGGAGGUGCAGAUCUCCUUGCUUUACAACUACCGGCUUGGGGCCCUGGAGGUCGGAGUCAAACAGUGCAGGGACCUGGCGCCGGUUGAUGUGAAGAGAAACCGCUCUGACCCAUAUGUCAAGGUGUACCUCCUCCCCGACAAGUCGAAAGCCGGUAAGCGGAAGACUAAAGUGAAGAAGAACACGCUCAAGCCGGUGUUCGAGGAGACGCUCAGCUUCGUCCAGCCGCUGGCCUCGCUGUCCUCGCGGACACUGUGGCUCAGCGUGUGGCACGCCGACAUGUUCGGCAGGAACGACUUCCUCGGCGAGGUGACGCUGCCGCUGGCCGACGUCGUGUUUGACGACCCCGCGCCCACGUGGCAUAAGCUGCACGAGAGAACGGAGCAAUUCGAUGAGCAACAAGGCACUCGCGGGGACCUCAUAGUGGGUUUAAAAUUCGAACUACACGAGAGUGGCGCCAUGCGCGGCAAAGGAACACUACAUGUACUCAUCAAAGAGGCAAAGAACCUCGUCGCUUCUAAGCCAAACGGAUUGGCUGAUGUCUUCUGCAAAAGCUACCUGCUCCCGGAGCGCGGGCGCCUGGCCAAGCAGAAGACGGCGGUGUGCCGGCGCACGCUGAGCCCGCGCUGGGAGCACGCGUUCACGUACCGCGGGCUGCGGCCGCCCGAGCUGGCGCAGCGCGCGCUGGAGCUCACGCUGUGGGACCGCGACCGGCUCGCCUCCAACGAGUUCAUGGGCGCCGUGCGACUGUCACUUGGCUCUGGCACAUACAUGGGCGCAAAUGUUAACUGGAUGGACAGCACAGGCAAAGAAGUUACAUUAUGGCAAACCAUGAUGCAAAGACCUAACUUCUGGGUAGAGGGAUCCUUGCCACUAAGACCUCACCUUAGUAACUAAAAAUCUUAAUCUGUGUAUACAGUAAAUAAGCACCUUUAUUUUGACUUUUUGACUCCAUUAAUCCAACGUCCGCCUACGGAUGGAGUCUCAUUAAAUAUUAAAAAUGAUAUUGAAUAAAAUGAUUUAUUCACAACUACAAUUUUUACAAUAGUCUUAAAGAUAUGAGCAUCACUUUCAACUUUCUCUAAUAAAAAAAAAUUAAAAACAUCUACUUAUUUUUUUAUAUAUUUGUAAUUUUACAACUUCUGAUAUUCUUUUCUUUGUCUUAAAUUAAUAAGUGCCAACGAUAAUUAAUUGAUAGUCUGUCAUUUUUCCUUAUAAGAGACAUUACUUAUUUAAUCUAUAAUAAGUAGUAUUGUAACAUGUUUAAUAAACCUCUUAACUGGAAUAUUAUAAAUAUAUCUGAUUAUAAGUAUUUUUAUAAACCUACAUACAUUCCGAAAUUGUGAUGGAAAAGCAUAUUUAUAUUCUCUAUUAAAUUUUAAGACUUAAAAUGACAAUACUUCAAGUAAUAAACUUAUAACUGCCGUUAAGUUGUAAGUACUUAGAUAUAACUAAGUUAAUGCAUUUAAAUUAGAAUUACGAUGUACAAAUUAAGUUCACAUGAGUUAAGAAUCUGCUCAUGCGUAUUGUGAUUUAAUUAUUUAUGUUAUGUACUUUAAAAUAAUAUUCAGAAACAACGUAUUUUGUAUACUUAAUGAUGAAGGGUAUUUUGUAAUUGGAUUGUAAGCUGUAUACUUCAUAGGUACACAGACGUCCGUAGUUUGUAAUGUUAGGUACAUUAGAUAACUGCCGCAGUCUGAAUAUACGGAUCAUAGAUAUUGUAACAUUUUUAUACAACAUUAUAUAUAAAUAAAGGCAAUUGAAAAUAAAACCUUUUCAAAAUACA